UCUUUUGCUUUUUUUUUUUUUUUAUACAUUAUUUGUCACUCAAAAAUGCUCUUUGCCUAUGCUUCUUUUUCCUCCAUCUUCCCUACUUUUUUCUCACUUUGUUUAUUUGCAGGCCUCUCUAGGGUUUCCACAGAUUCAUAGUCAUCUUCUUCACUGGAACAAAGUGUCAACAAGUAACAAAGGACUGCAUAACUUGGAAGAACCUGCUCUUAAAAUUGCCUGCAAGUUCUUGAGGAGAAAAUGCAUGGCGGACUGCACUUUUGCACCAUAUUUCCCACCGGAAGAACCCCAGAAAUUCUUCAAUGUUCACAAAAUUUUCGGCGCAAGCAACGUUAGCAAACUGAUCAACGAAGUAGCACCCCAUCAAAGACAAGAUGCCAUCAACUCGCUGGCGUACGAAGCCGAGGCGAGGUUGAAAGACCCCGUUUACGGCUGUGUCGGAGCCAUCUCGGUUCUCCAGAGACAGGUGAUGAGACUCCAAAGGGAAUUGGACACCAUUCGUGCCGAUCUAAUCCGAUACACCGCCGGCGCCCGCAAUGAGAUGCCCGCGGCGCCGACGUCGGGAAGCACCUGUUUCGAUCAUAAUGCCGGUAACUUUUACUAUCCUAAUUCUCAGUGGAAUAGUGAACCUUAUGGAGGAUCAGAUGGUGGAAGCCUCUGACAUGGCUAAGCAGUAUGAAUGUACUUAAAUAAGCAAAGAAGAUUAUUGGUGGGAACUGGGAAGUCCCCAUCUGGGAUUAGCUUUAGGGUUUUCUAGUAAUGGAGUUUGCUAAAGUUCCAUGCGUGUGACAAUGGCAUAUAUUGUGGUACUUUCAUGACAUGCUGCCAUUAUUGAU